GCCAAAUGCUAACCUCACUCUUAAAUGUUUUUGACGUGCUGUUGUAAAUAGUUCAUUUUACGUGAUUCUGACUGUGAUUUUGUUAACGAUUUCUUUAAAAUGACCAUGGACAAUGUUAAAUCGAAAGAAUCCGCAGUGGAAGCAGCUGCAGCUGCCACACCCGAAGCUGAAAUGAACGAAGUCAAAGCGUACAUGAAAGAAAUGGAGGAACGCUUUAAGAUCAAACACGAGUUGCGAACAGCUAACCAGGGUGCUGCUCAAACAAGGCCUGGCGAUUCCCACUUUAGCAAGUUGGAUAGCAGCUUGAAGAAGAACACUGCCUAUGUGAAAAAAAUCAAGAAUUUUUCCGCCGCUCAAGUCGAUGCCUACCUGAAGGAUAUGGCCAGUUUGAAUUUAUCAAAGUACAUUUCUGAAGUGGCUGCAGCUAUUGUGGACUCGAAGCUGAAGAUGACUGAUGUGCAGGCAGCCGUUAAGCUCUGCAGCGUAUUGCAUCAGACCUAUGUGGAGUUUUCGCUGCAUUUGUUUGAAAAUUGGCAAAAAGUGCUGGGCUUCAAAUCACAUGACAAAAUCCUCAACCCCAGCAAACUGAGGGUGGAUCUCCGGUUCUACGCAGAACUGUUGCAAUCGGGGCUGUUUGCGAACAAAAACGCAUUCUCUCUCCUGGGCUCUGUAUUAACAGUCUUGAUAAACAUGGACAAGGAAGAGCACGUAAACGUACCCAUUGUGUUGAGUUUUUGCAAGCAUUGUGGCGAUGACUACGCAGGGCUGUUGCCUAGGCGCAUCCGUCAACUUGCCACCAAAUAUGAAAUUCCCGUUCCAAAAAGCAGCUUUUUGCCCGCAGAGAAGCAGCAAAACGUGAGAACCCUGCUGAAGGACUACUAUCUGUCCCUCUGCAAGCAUCUGCUCAAAGACCAUCAAGAGCUGCAAAACUAUGAAAAGCACAACAUGAAAAUAUUGCAGACUAAAGGCGAACUGAGCCAGGAGCGGAAAGAGCGGCACGAAACAAUGCAGAACUUUUACGAAAAGCUUCUCACAAAUGCACAAAAUUUUGCUGAAAUUUUGGACGAAGACAUGCCGAUUCUUAAAACACAGAACUUGCCAAAAACCGAAGAUAACAUGAUCGUUACUGGUUUGGGGCCAGACUUCGAGGAUAACAGCGCAAACCUUGAAAAUAUCUGGUGCGAUGUGGAAACCCAGAAAUUCUACUGCGAACUGCCGGAACUCACAGUGUUUUUGCCCACAUCUUUUUUGAAAAACCGACCACCGCCUCCUCCAACAGAAACAGUUACCGAGGAAGUUUUAGACUCGGAGUUGCCCACUGAAGACACCGAAGAAGACAGUAAGUCAGAAGAAGCUCCUUUGCACGAGGACGACCCAGAGGAUCAGACAACAACCAACGCCAGUAAUAAAAUCGUAUUGGAUGCGUUUUUAACCAAUCUACCAAACUGCGUGAAUCGAGAGAUGAUCGAUAAUGCGGCCAUAGAUUUUCUCGUGACUUUGAACAUUAAACACAAUCGGCGCAAGCUUGUCAGGGCACUGUUUGGGGUUCACAGAACAAGAUUAGAUCUUCUUCCAUUCUAUGCACGAUUCGUGGCCAUUCUAUAUCCAGCUGUGCCGGAAGUGGGCAACGAACUAUGCCAAAUGUUGCGCCAAGAUUUCAAAUACCAUGUAAAGAAAAAGGACCAGGUGAACAUUGAGUCGAAAAUCAAAGUGGUGCGGUUCAUUGGCGAACUGGUCAAAUUCAAUCUCUAUUCGAAAAUCGAGGUGCUGUUUUGUCUGAAGUUUUUGCUUCAUGAUUUCUCCCAUCACAACAUCGAGAUGGCCUGCAAUUUGUUGGAGGUUUGCGGCCGGUUUCUGUACUGUAGUCCCGACUCGCAUCCAAGGACUCGAGUCUAUUUGGAGCAAAUGAUGCGAAAAAAAACAGUUAUGACUUUGGAUUCUCGAUAUGUGACUCAAAUAGAAAACGCGUACUAUUACGUGAAUCCACCGGAGAUGGUCGCGGUUUCCCAAAAGGAGCGACCAGUGAUGCAUCAAUUUAUCAGAAAACUCCUCUACCAAGACUUGCAUAAGAACAACACAGACAAAACAAUGAGAUUGAUGCGGAAACUGGACUGGGCUAAGGAAGAGAUAUCAAAUUACACAAUAAAAUGCCUGACUGGAGCCCAUAAUGUGAAAUACUUCAAUAUAAGGUGCUUAGCUAGUCUUCUAUCGGGUUUGGUGGGUUACCAGGAAGAAAUUGGCACGAAAGUGGUCGACGGUGUCUUGGAAGACAUCAGAUUGGGGAUGGAGGUAAACCUAGCCAAAUACAACCAGAGAAGAGUGGCUCAAAUAAAGUAUCUAGGUGAAUUGUACAAUUACCGAAUGGUCGAGAGCUCCGACGUGUUUAAGGUGUUGUACUCGUUAAUCACUUUCGGCGUAUCAAUGGACCCAAACGAGCCAUCAGAGCUCGAUUCACCAAAACAACUGUUCCGUAUUAAAUUAGCUUGCGUUCUAUUAGAGACGUGUGGAACGUAUUUCAGCAGCGGCAGUAGCAAGAGGAAACUGGAUUAUUACCUGGUGUUCUUGCAAAUGUACUACUGGAAUAAAAAAGAGCUCUGGAAACUGUACAAUGAAACGUUUCCGCCUACUUUGGAGCACAUUUUUAAGGAAACCUUAGGGAUGUUGAGGCCCAAGCUGAAGCUGUGCCAAAGCUAUGAAGAAGCUCAAGUGGAAGUGAAUAACAUCAGAAUCACUUUGGGGAUAGAAAAGCUUUUAAGCGAACAGGUGACGAAGGAAGAAGGCGACGGUCUAGGAAUGAUUGCUGAAGCGGAUAAUGAAGAAGCCGAUGACGAGCCUUCGGAGGGCGCAACAGCCCCAAUUACUGAUGAUACGGGUACUGAAGACGAAACCGUGGACCACACGCAGGAUUCUGAUGAUGAAGGGGAUUUGGAGACGAGCGAAGCUGAAGGCGAUCAAGUUUCGGAAUCCUUAGCCAUCCCAAAAGGUCCCAGAAAAGUGACCUGUCCAGAAGACGACGAUUUUCUUACAGCUCUGGAUAAAAUGGUGUCCGAAAAUAUUCAAGAAAGGAUGCGUGAACCGGUUAAAUCAGGAAAUUUGGACAUUUCAGUGCCAGUUGUUAUGAAAAACAACAAAAAGAACUACGAUCAAUUGCAGGAGCCUUCCGAGGAAACCAACCCAAGAAUAGGAUUUGUUCUGAUGAUGCGCAAAGGCAACAAACAACAGUAUAAACAAUUUGAGGCAGACCCCGACUCGGAACUGGUUCAGAACUUGAAAGAUCAAGAGCUCGCUCAGAAGGAAGAAAAAGAGCGCGUGAAACGACUGACGCUGAAUAUUACGGAGCGAUUUGAAGAAGAAGACUAUCAAGAAUCCAUUUCGCAGCAAAGCAGGCCGGUUACCCAGAAUUUGAACCGCGAGCGAAAAAAAUACCAACACCCGAAAGGGGCUCCUGACGCUGAUCUCAUUUUCGGUCCAAAGAAAGUGCGUUAAAGCUGAAUUUCCAAUGAUUUUAAAAAAAUUCGGCUUUCCAGUAGCACAAUUUGGAAGACUUGGUGUUUUGUUCAUCCAAAUCUGGUUAAGCAUCUUUGCUACAUCGUUGCUUGACGACCUGGAAUUUAUGGUAAGAUUUACCGAUAAUAAUAAACGGAAGCGUUUUUUUAACGUGUUCAAGUUGGAUUUGAUUGUUAGAAAUUGAUUAAAACAUAAAUAAAAACAAGUUAAUACUCA